AUGUUACGAGAACCACCACGCCGCAACCGCAGAGUGAAAGAAGGGGCAGACGACGAAGGCUGGGAACGUCGACGGCGAAUUGCCAAGGAGGUAGAAGAAUCUCCCCCCACCCCGAUGGUGAUACUUCAGAACCAUGUCACUCGCCGGGAUACUCUCACAUCCGUCUUCGCUCUUCAGUCCUGGUCGCACAUCCUGACCGUUCACACAUCCAAUCGACAUCAGAAACAAAGGAGCGACAAGCGCCCCCCCAAACACAAGAGAAAGAAGGAAGAGGAGGAGAGAAGAAAGAAAGAAAGAGAGGAGAGAGCCCUGGAGAGACUGGAGACGACAAGGACGAAACGACGAGGAACAGGAGCAGAAACAGACAUGGCGAUCCGAAACAUGAUCAUGUACGCCCUCUCACUGCCAUGCCUAGCAGCAGCGGCAGCCGUGGUGAGGCCGAGGACGGACGGGACAUACUGCGGCGGCGCGAUGGGGCCCAACGCGACCAGCACGACGACCCGCGCGCCCGGGCCGGUAUCGUGGAACGUGUACCCGCAGCAGCGCAGCCUGAGCCGGGGACCGUCGUCCGGGUUCGAGGUCCAGUCGUACGGCAACCGGUCCAGCCUCGAGCAGGUCCUCGUCUUCAGCGGCAUCCCCGACGGCGCCGAGUCCUGCACGCUCGGAUGGUCCCAGGGUUCGAGGGAGGACAGGGUGUUCCUCGUCGACGGGGAGUACGCCCUCGUCAAGGUCACGCAGCUCUCGGGCAUCCCGAAGGACGACGAGCCCAUCACCUACGAUUCCAUAGAGCCGUACGUGAAGGCGGCCGACGACGACGCCGAGGCGGCGCCCAGCCUGUCUCCCGACUUCACCUCGUGGGACGACGUACAGGGCCCGUCGGACCACGUUGCCGGCGGUGUCCGAUGUGCUGGGGACAUCUAUCUCAAGAUGGAACUGUAUGAUCCUACCACCCCGGCGCAUGUCUAUCUCUCUACGGACGAGGAGAAUGGAUUCUGGAUAGAGUAUACUUGCGGGCAGUGA